AUGGCGUCCGAAAGCAUCCCCAACACGUCGGAAUUUGCACUCCUUGACAGGAAGGAAGAUGGCACCUGGACCGCCAUCAGGAGGACCAAUCCUCGCGAGAAGGACCUGUACAUUGCUCUGCCUUGGAGCAUGUUCGAUGUACCUAUACCCAACGACCCCUACGCGGAAGAGCCCGAGGGGGAGCUCGUCACCAGGCCUGAAGUUCAGUCGUGGGUCCAUGUCAAUAGUCUUGUUUUGAAAGAUACGGGUGUCGUCUAUCAGAUCCUCAACCACAAAAACAUUGUUUCCAUUGUUGACAGCAUUCAGGCUAACACUGGAGCGGAGGCUGCGACUUCAGCAGAGACCGACGUCGAAGCGCCUGACUACCUGGUGUGGGAUCACUGCGCCCACUUUGAUCUCUCCGCUCGGCUGGAGGCCCUACGGGAAUCUCCUGACGAGGCCAUCAAGGAGUCCUUCUGCUGGCACGUGCUCAUAUCUGUUCUCGAAGCCAUCACGUACCUCCAUGACGGGAAGCGUCUCGUUGAUGAGGGAGGACAACGAUGGUGGAAGGCGGAGAGCACAGACUGGACCCCUAUCUUGCAUGGCAAGAUUGAGCCCCAGAAUGUCUUGUUUCAGAAGAAACGGCAAGGCGAGAGGCAUGAUCCGUGCAAGCUCGCCGACUUUAGAUGGGCAGUCGCCCUGAAUCAUAUGAUUUGCUAUGAGGGUGAGGAGGAAGAUGAGUUGGACGAGGACGGAGGCAGCGCUGAUUCGCGCUUUGAACGCCUGGAGGAAUCACUGUCGUUGAAUGCAUGUGUAUGGAAGUGCCAGAACCCGCACGAGCACAGCAUCGACACGGAGCUCUGCUCGCUUGGCCGCCUCAUCUACACCAUGAUGACGGGUGAAGGGCGCGAGGACGAGAUUUACGCAACUUAUACGGGAUAUUUUGAGCGCGAGUGGGUGGACAGGGGCCAGUACUCGGAGCAGUUGGAGACUGUUGUCAGGUUUCUGCUUGACCGACGCCAUUAUCUGACGCGGCAUGCCGAGGUGCGGAUUGAGAGGGUGCUGCCGCUGACGGAGGUGGUGAUGGAGUAUUUCCGGGAGUGGCAGAGGGUUGGUGGCAAUUGA